AUGGCGCCUGCCAACAACGAGCCGGGACCGCCGCCGCCCGAUCCCGAGAAUCCAACCCUGCGGACGAGAUGGGCCACUCGCAAAAUGACGAUCAAGAGCAGCAGCAAGAAGAGGAUGUCCCUGAUGAAUCGCGCCACACACAAGAAGAAGAACAGCGAAAAGAGCCGGAGUUCAGGGGGCGGCGACUCGCUACAAACCGACCACACCGCCGCAACUGAACAGGACCAAGGCCAUGGAGGCAGGAAACUCUUCUUCAACCUGCCCCUGCCCGACGAGUACAAGGACGAGGAGGGCCAUCCGAAACAGCACUUCACGAGGAACAAGAUCCGAACCGCAAAGUACACGCCGCUAAGCUUCGUCCCCAAGAACUUAUGGUUCCAAUUCCAAAAUAUUGCCAACGUGUUUUUCCUUUUUCUCGUUGUCCUGGUGUUCUUCCCCAUCUUUGGUGGUGAAAAUCCGGGUUUGAGUGCCGUUCCUUUGAUCUUCAUCGUCACCGUUACGGCCAUAAAGGACGCCAUUGAAGAUUAUCGCCGAACCGCUCUCGAUAUCGAACUCAACAACGCCCCCGUCCACCGUCUGCGGGGAUGGGACAACGUCAAUGUCGAGGAGGACAACAUUUCGCUAUGGAGACGCAUCAAGAAGGCCAACUCUCGUUUCUUUGGUAUGAUCUGGCAUACAAUCGAGAGCAUCUGGUCCAAGAAGGCGAGGCAGGAGAUGGCAAGACGGAAAUCUCCGCAAGCAUCGGCUGACGCGCCACGACCAUCGAUCGAAACACACGUACCCCGUGAUUCCUACAACUCACCUCGAUCCGCCCGCGAUUCGUUCGUUUCCGCCAGGGAGGACAUUCAGAUGACGCCAGUCCCCUCUCCCUUACCCCGACAAAACCUUGAGGUGCCAAAAGAGGAGGACCACGCUCGGGCGAGGGAGAUGCUGCAACGCAAAGGUGACGUUUUGAACCGCAACCUGCCGACCAACGGCGAUGCUCGGUUCCACAAAGAUCAUUGGAAGGACUUGAGAGUCGGUGAUUUUGUGCGCAUUUACAACGACGACGAAUUACCUGCCGACAUUAUCGUUCUAUCGACUUCCGACCCAGAUGGAGCAUGUUACGUGGAGACGAAAAACCUCGAUGGUGAGACCAACCUCAAAGUUCGACAGGCCCUCCGCUGCGGCAAGUCGCUCAAGCACGCGAGGGAUUGUGAACGGGCCCAAUUCUGGAUUGAGAGCGAGCCCCCGCAACCCAACCUUUACAAGUACAACGGUGCCAUCCGAUGGCAUCAGAGCUUUGAUGGUGAACCUGAACCCGAGCUCAUGACCGAGCCCAUCACGAUUGACAACAUGCUUCUCCGAGGCUGCAACUUGAGAAACACGGAGUGGGCUUUGGGCGUUGUCGUGUUCACCGGACACGACACUAAGAUCAUGAUCAACUCGGGUAUUACGCCUAGUAAGCGCCCCAGGAUCGCCCGAGAGAUGAACUUUAACGUCAUCUGCAACUUCGGAAUUUUGUUCCUUCUGUGUCUCUUGUCGGCCAUCAUCAACGGUGCCGCGUGGGCCAAGACAGAUGCGUCCCUGUUCUUCUUCGACUUUGGGUCCAUUGGUGGCAGCGCAGCCAUGUCAGGCUUCAUCACCUUCUUCGCCGCCAUCAUCGUCUUCCAGAACUUGAUUCCCAUCGCUCUCUACAUCACACUCGAAAUCGUGCGACUACUCCAGGCCAUCUUUAUCUACAGCGAUAUCGAGAUGUACUACGAGAAACUUGACCAACCAUGCAUCCCGAAAUCGUGGAACAUCUCCGACGAUGUCGGCCAGAUUGAAUACAUCUUCUCCGACAAAACCGGCACGCUCACUCAGAACGUAAUGGAGUUCAAAAAGGCUACCAUCAACGGACAGCCGUACGGAGAGGCCUAUACCGAGGCUCAGGCAGGAAUGCAAAAGCGAUUGGGUGUAGAUGUUGAGAAGCAGGCUGCUGAAGCCAGAGCUGAGAUCGCAGACGCGAAAGUUCGGGCCGUUGAGGGUCUCAGGAACUUGCACGACAACCCGUACUUGCACGAAGACGACGUCACUUUCAUCGCUCCCGACUACGUUUCUGACUUGGCAGGCGAUUCGGGCGAGGAGCAACAGGCCGCCAAUGAGCACUUCAUGCUCUGUCUCGCAUUGUGUCACACCGUCAUCGCCGAAAAGGUCCCAGGCUCGCCGCCGAAGAUGAUUUUCAAGGCCCAGUCUCCCGACGAGGCGGCUCUCGUGGCCACAGCUCGCGACAUGGGCUUCACCGUGCUUGGCAGCACUUCCGAGGGAAUCAACCUCAACGUCAUGGGUGUUGACCGUCACUACCCCAUUUUGAACACCAUCGAGUUCAACUCAAGCAGAAAACGCAUGAGUGCCAUUGUUCGGAUGCCUGAUGAUCGCAUUCUGCUCAUCUGCAAGGGCGCCGACAGCAUCAUCUAUUCACGCCUCAAGCGUGGAGAGCAAUCAGAGCUUCGCAAGAUUACUGCGGAGCACCUCGAAAUGUUCGCUCGUGAGGGUCUGCGAACACUGUGUAUCGCGCAGCGCGAGCUCACCGAAGAUCAAUACCGCAACUGGCAGAAGGAGUACAACGCCGCAGCCUCUGCUUUGGAGAACCGAGAGGAGAAGAUGGAGGAAGUUGCCGAUCAGCUCGAACGCGAACUGACCCUGCUCGGAGGUACCGCUAUCGAAGACAGAUUGCAAGACGGUGUCCCGGAUACCAUUGCCUUGCUUGGAGAUGCGGGUAUCAAGCUUUGGGUUCUCACGGGCGACAAGGUUGAGACCGCCAUCAACAUUGGUUUCUCUUGUAACCUGCUGAACAACGACAUGGAGCUCAUCCACCUGAAAGUUGAAGAGGACGAGACUGGCGAGAUUCCGGACCACGAGUUCCUCGGCAGACUUGAGCAAGAGCUUGACAAGCACCUUGAGGCUUUCGGAAUGAAGGGCGACGAUGACGAUCUGGCAAGGGCCAAGAAGAACCACGAACCCCCUGACGCAACUCAUGGCCUCGUCAUUGACGGUUUCACCUUGAAGUGGGUGCUUCACGAUGCUUUGAAGCAGAAGUUCCUGCUCCUUUGCAAGCAGUGCAGAUCAGUCCUGUGCUGUCGUGUCAGUCCAGCCCAGAAGGCCGCCGUCGUGGCCAUGGUGAAGCACGGCCUCAACGUUAUGACGCUAUCCAUCGGUGAUGGUGCCAACGACGUCGCCAUGAUUCAAGAGGCAGACGUCGGUGUCGGUAUUGCUGGUGAGGAGGGCCGUCAAGCCGUCAUGUCGUCUGAUUACGCCAUUGCCCAAUUCCGAUACCUCCAGCGUUUGGUUCUCGUUCACGGUCGAUGGUCAUAUCGCCGUCUCGGAGAGACUGUUGCCAACUUCUUCUACAAAAACGUGGUGUGGGUGUUUGGUAUCUUCUGGUACCAGAUUUACUGCGACUUCGACGUCACCUACAUUUACGAGUACACCUACAUCCUGCUGUUCAACUUGCUUUUUACCUCAGUUCCGGUCGUCAUUAUGGGUGUGUUGGAUCAGGACGUUUCAGACAAGGUUUCUUUGGCAGUCCCGCAGCUGUACCGCCGCGGCAUUGAGCGUCUGGAAUGGACGCAGACCAAGUUUUGGCUGUACAUGCUUGACGGUGUCUACCAAUCUGUCAUGGUCUUUUACAUUCCAUACCUCACGGUCGUAGGCACCAGCUUCGUCACCAAGAACGGCUUGAACAUCGAAGACAGGACUCGGCUCGGCGCCUACAUUGCACACCCCGCCGUCAUCACGAUCAACGCCUACACCAUCAUGAACACAUACCGCUGGGACUGGGUUAUGAUUCUGAUCGUUGUCCUCAGUGACCUGAUGAUUUUCAUCGUCACUGGUAUCUACACGUCCAUGGAAUCGUCGGUGUUCUUCUACCAAGCCGCCCCCCAGAUCUACGCCCAGGCGUCUUUCUGGGCAGUCUUCUUCAUUGUUCCGGUCAUCUGCCUGUUCCCCCGAUUCGCAAUCAAGGCGAUCCAGAAGGUCUACUUCCCUUACGACGUGGAUAUUAUCCGCGAGCAAGAACGCCAGGGCAAGUUUUCCCGCCUCACACAGGGCGACGACGCUACGGUUGUUGGAGAAGAGGCGGCGAGCAAGACACCGUCGAACUCGUCAGUCAGCUCGCGCAAGGGUAAGCACAUACACUACGCCAGUGUGGAUGAAGACAGAAGGCCAAUCUAUCCACCUUCAGUUGCGACACACACGACGCACAACCCGCGCAGCCAAAACGGCAGCGACGGAACCAACUAUACGGGCCAUCGCCAUUCAAUGGACAUGAUGCAAACCCAGUCCCUCGAUAUGACGCCGCCGAUGCGUCCCUCCUUCGAUCGACCACGUCCCUCAUACGACCGAGCCCGACCGUCCUACGACCGAAUGCGAGCAUCGAUGGAUCGCACCCGGGCCAGUUUCGAGGCAAGCAGCGACUUCACGUCGGCCGCUCGUCUGUCUCGCAUCGAGUCCAGCCAGUCAUACAGCGACCGUUUCCAUCCGCGACGGCUAAGAGGCUUGUCGUUGACCAAGAGCAACAACAUUUAG